AUGGAUUCUGCUUGUCAUUGGCUGGCUGGGAAGAUUGCAGAUGCCUGCGGGAACCCUGCCAUUAAGCCCGUCAUCACAGGCUACUCCCGUAUCGUCAAUGGAGAGGAUGCAAUGCCCGGAUCGUGGCCUUGGCAGGCGUCUUUACAGGAGGCAAGCGGAUGGCAUUUCUGCGGUGGGUCUCUGGUGAACGAGAACUGGGUGGUGACAGCUGCCCAUUGUGGGGUGACGACCAGGGAUGUCGUGGUACUUGGAGAAUUUGACCGCUGCUCUCCCAAAGAGGGCAUACAGAAGCUGGCAGUUCAGAAGGUCUUUGUCCAUCCUGAGUGGGACUCCGGGAAAAUCAUCAACGACAUCGCCCUCAUCAAGCUGGCCACGCCUGCCACGUUCACUGAGACAGUGUCUCCCGUGUGCCUGACCGAUGCCACAGACUCGUUCAAGAGCGGAGACCUUUGUGUCACCAGCGGUUGGGGCAAGACACGUUACAAUGCUUUCGACACACCAUGUAAGUUGCAACAAACAGCCCUGCCUCUCCUGUCCAAUGAGCAGUGCAUGGAAUUUUGGGGCAACAAAAUCACUGAUUCGAUGAUCUGCGCGGGUGCAGCAGGCUCUUCUUCAUGUAUGGGCGACUCUGGCGGACCCCUGGUGUGCCAGAAGGGCAACAUUUGGAAGUUGGUGGGCAUCGUUUCUUGGGGUAGCGGCCGCUGCUCGGUCACAACGCCAGCUGUCUAUGGCCGGGUCAACGUCUUGCGUGACUGGGCAGAGACGAUCAUGGCCAAUAACUGACCUCUCUGAGCCUUUGGAGAAGGAGAGAAAGCAAUGAAGGCAUUAAAAUUGUUUUUCUCUUG